GUAGCUACUAGUAGUACGUACUGUGUUAGUAGUGGACAUGGGUAGACAACAGUACGUCCGGCUUGCACUGGAAAAUACGGCAGGCAUUUUAAGUCUCAGGAUCAAAACACGUCUGAAACGACAGACAACCCCUCACGAUGCGCGAGAUCUAUCUUUCCUGCCCGUAACAACACGCUCGCCUCUGACGGUAAAGAACAAUUGUUGCUAUAGGCAGUAAUUAAACAGAAGGAACAAACAAUCAAGUCAAGAUGGAAUACAUCCCUCCUACCGAAGAGCUCGUCCCCCACGCGGAAGAUCCUCCGAUCAUGGAGGAGGAUAUCGAAGAACCCAAGCUCGGCCCUGAUCAUGAGGAGGAUGCUGAUGUGGAAGAGUCUAUUGUGGAUGAUGAUGAGAAGGACGAUGAAUUCGUCUCUACUAAAAAGGCGAAAACAACAAAACCCAGGGAGAUCAAUCUCUGCCUUUGUCUCGCGUUAAUUGCCACGUUUGUCGCGGCCUUGUCUUCCAUCUACCAGAGCACAGCAGAGUGGAAGCCGGCUCUUCGAUCUCGGUACGAUGGAGGAGACGAGGAAUGGCCACUACAAGUGACCAUGGCGCCCCGAGUGAUCUCGCCUAAACAGCUCGCUACCACUCGUGAUCUGACCAAGGAUUCCAAAGCUGUCACCUUCCUCGACGAUAACACCUUUGACGACUACCUCCAGGAACAUCCUCGUGUCUUUGUCGCCUACCUUGCUCCCUGGUGCAGCUGGUCUCAAAGAUUGGCUCCCAUUUGGGAUGACUUUGCCUCACGAGCUCAAAACGAGAACCGUGACUACAAAGUAGUGGCCGUGAAUUGCUACCCGCCCAAUGGGUGGCCCUCCGCUGGGCCCUCCUCCACUGUCUGCAGACGCGAACGUCUCAUGGCCUUUCCAACGAUGCAAUGGUACCGAGGCGGCAUCAAGUCGUGCUCCGCUUACAAGUCCAACCGCACCGUCGAGGCCUUUGUGCAGUAUGCGGACGAGGAAAUGGGGUUGGUGGUGGCACCCACAAACAAAGAUGCGAUUGAGGACGUCCCUAAAGUACUAGUAGUAGAGGAGGAGAAGCCGCUUAGGUUGGAAGGGGUACCAUCUCAAGACAGACUCGAGAAGAUGGAGUUUGCCGAAGGCAAGAUGGAGCGGACCCCCGCUGAGUCGAAGCCGGCUCUUCGAUCUUGGUACGAUGGAGGAGACGAGGAAUGGCUACAACAAGUGACCAUGGCGCCCCGAGUGAUCUCGCCUAAACAGCUCGCUAAUAGUCGUGAUCUAACCAAGGAUUCCAAAGCUGUCACCUUCCUCGACGAUAACACCUUUGACGAAUACCUCCAGGAACAUCCUCGUGUCUUUGUCGCCUACCUUGCUCCCUGGUGCAGAUGGUCUCAAAGAUUGGCUCCCAUUUGGGAUGACUUUGCCUCACGAGCUCAAAACGAGAACCGUGACUACAAAGUAGUGGCCGUGAAUUGCUACCCCAAUGGGCGGCCCUCCACUGUCUGCAGACGCGAACGUCUCAUGGCCUUUCCAACAAUGCAAUGGUACCGAGGCGGCAUCAAGUCGUGCUCCGCUUACAAGUCCAACCGCACCGUCGAAGCCUUUGUGCAGUAUGCGGACGAGGAAAUGGGGUUGGUGGUGGCGCCCACAAACAAAGGUGCGAUUGAGGACGUCCCUAAGGUACUAGUAGUAGAGGAGGAGAAGCCGCUGAGGUUGGAAGAGAUACCAUCUCAAGACAGACUCGAGAAGAUGGAGUUUGCCGAAGGCAAGAUGGAGCAGACCCCCGCUGAGUCGACCGAGGGACAGCCGGAGGCCUUGGAGAUCGAGGAAAAGAACAAACAGCCGAACACGGGCGACGUCGAAGAGGACGGCGAUGAAGAUAGCGGGGCGGAGGAGGAAGAGCUUGAAGAGGAGGAACAGCGAUACGAUGAGUGGCAGACCUGGUUCGCUUCUAGUUAG